AUGAGUGAGUCUCAAGCACCUCAGCAAAGGUCGCCAAAGAUGUAAGUCGCAAUAAAUAAUUAGAUCCUAAGAAUAGAAUUAGUGGGGAAUCAGCAUCGGAAAUUUUGAGCUCAAAAUGAAUUUCAAGCCGAAGCUCAGGCGCAGCCUGGAAAAUUUUAGAAAAACAUCUUUUCUCUAAGAGAGUGGCGAACUAAGCACGCAGCUCGGCUCAGAACACCAAAAAAUAAUCUUACAAAAAUUCGAUUUUUUCUAACUUUUUCGGGUGUUUUUCUAACACCCGACCUGCGCCCGGCCAUUUCAGCCGGUUCGAAUCGAAAUCGUCCCGAAAAGGACUUUUUCCACAAAAUUUUAAAUCUUUUUUCAGGAAGAUGACUCCGAUUCAAAUAAUCUGGAGGAAAAGUCGAAAACUCUCCAAAAGAUUGAAGGGAGGAAUUAAAAAGAGAUGGGAAACUGAAUGCGGAUUUCAAAUCCUUGGCCGAACAACUUCAGAAUGAACGAGCGACCGUUUCGAGAGCUGUGGCACAGAAUAUGGACUUAAAGGAACAGUUGGGAGAACUCCAGGAUCGACUCGUAGAGGUGACUAAUCGAUGCGCCGAGCAGGAAGAUGAGAGACAGAGAGCUGUGGCCAUGGUUAAGAACUUGAGCAGACGGCUGGAGGAAAUGGUAGGAGAAGAAAGUUUUGGUUUUAUUCUUGAUUUUUAGGACUCCAAUGGAUCCCAAAGCAUGAAUGAGGUUCAAAAGCAAGCUUACGAUCUUCCGAUUGUCCCAGAGUUAUUAGAGAAACAUAUUGAAAGCAUGGGAUAUCUCUCGGAAGAUUAUAAUCGGCAAUUGAUCGACAUUUCCAAAGCCAUCAAGAGAAUUGUGAGUGUUUUUGGACAUGUACAUAAUGAUGAAAUUUUCAAUUUGGAUAUGUGAAAUUAAAGUUUCAGAUCAAGAAAUAUCAUCCCCACACGGCUGCAGAGGAAUUGGACCAGCUCACGGAACUCCCGGAUAUUAUUGUUAAUAGGCUCCCAAGUCAUCAUCAUCAACAUAAUGGAACGGUUCCUCCUCCGCCAACCCCUAAAAACGAUGCCUCAACAAUGGUGGAUCAAGAUCUGGCCAAGAACCUCCCAUCUCCAGCAGUAUUGGAAACGGCCCUGCAAACGGCCGCGAAAGAAGCACUGGAGACGGAAGAAAUGGAAGUAAACAAUGAACAACACGAGAAAACGGUGGACAAGAAGAUGAAGGUAAGGAAGAGGGUUACAAAAUUGCUUAUUUGGAAUAGAGACUAAAUUUCAUUGGUUUUAGAUCAAGUUAUUAAUGAGAAUUCCCAACCAGAAAGCAGUCAAUACAUUGAGAAUCCGAAUUAUUAUGGAACCCCUCAAAGUUCCUGAGAUGAGCAAACCUUUCCAGAUUCCUCCAACUCCUUCGAGAAUACCUGCAGCAUCAACUGAAACGAACAUAUUAUACCUUACAAUUCACCGAUGUCAUUCCCAAUAUAAUAAAAUGACCUACUUGUAUGUAAUCAUUAUCUUUCUGAAAUGGCGUCAACGAAUUGUUCAAGACAAUCGAUGA